CCGGUUUGUUUUGAUUGAAUAAUAGUGACAAAAGUUGUAUAUCAAUUUAGUAGCAAUAAACAAUCGGUCAUUAGUUUUUUGUUCAAAAUGAUACGGAACACUGUUUUCGCACUUGCGAAAAAUAUUCGAUCACUAUCUGCCAUAACCGUGGAAACUGUUCCUUGUGCUUCAGAAUACAUCCAAACAUUCGCAUCACCACCAGUACUUCGACAACAAAUUCGCUGUUAUGCCAAAAGUAAGGACAGGAAAAAAGGAAAGAAGGACACUCCCGUGAAGGUUCACAUCAAUGAAGAGCAGUUGGCCGAGGUGAUAAAUUUGAGUGUUCUUCGGGCACAAAUGGAAAAGGGUAUCAGUACCAUGAAGGAAGAUUACAUAAAGAAUCUCUCGCUCCGCUCGGCAACUGGUGCUAUUGAAACGUUAAAAGUUGGAUACGAAGGGAAAGAUUAUCAGUUACAGGAAUUGGGCCAAAUAGUGAGGAAAAAUCCCAAAACCGUUGUGGUGAAUUUGAUAUCAUUUCCGCAAACAAUACCGGCGGUUUUGCAAGCCAUUCAAAAAAGCGGCAUGAAUCUGAACCCACAACAGGACGGAACGACGCUGUACAUACCGGUACCGAAAGUUACCCGAGAGCAUCGCGAGGGAUUGGCAAAAAAUGCCAAGUCGUUAUUCAUAAAAUGCCGGGAUACGAUUAAAGACGUGCAGAACCAAACUAUCAAGAAACUAAAAAAGCAAACUGAUAUCUCGGAGGAUUUGAACUUUCAAGUACAAGCUCAAAUCACUGCAAUUGCCAACGAAUAUAUUAAGGAAGCAGAGAAAAUGUUGGAAACAAAACAAGCCGAAUUGAUAGGAGAUAAACCUUGAAACGUAAACCAGAUUCAGUUAAUAAAUGUCGAAUAAAUUCUAAACAUUCAACUUUAAAA